ACACGAUCGGUGCUCCCAACGUUUGUUUUUCUAGCUUUCAAUUCUGAAAUAUCUAGUUCUCUUGUCUUUGGAGAUUGAUUAUACGAGGUUUAUUCUCUGUGAAUCAAUCGAUGUCUGCUUCGUGCGCUGUAACACCGCCUGUUAGGACAGAGUUAUUCAGCUCAUCAUCUAAAAGAUCAAUCUUUCCUGCUCAAAUUUGCCGACCCAGGAACAAAUGUGAAAUCAGCAGAAGGGAAUUUGCAAUUAGAGGAGGGAUUGUUGCUUCUGGAGUUUCAGUCAUGGGUACUUCUUCUGCUUCUCAGUCUGUUCAAGGUAGUGAGAGGUUGGCUUUCAAGCCAGAAGGGUAUAACUUUUGGGAAUGGAGGGGUCACAAGAUUCAUUAUGUGGUUCAAGGAGAAGGUUCACCUCUCGUUCUUAUUCAUGGAUUUGGUGCUUCUGUCUUUCACUGGAGGUAUAACAUUCCUGAAUUGGCUAAGAAAUACAAGGUUUACGCCUUGGACUUACUUGGUUUCGGAUGGAGUGACAAAGCUCUCAUAGACUAUGAUGCCAUGGUUUGGACAGAUCAAGUUAUUGAUUUCAUGAAAGAGAUAGUGAAAGAACCAGCUGUUGUAGUCGGAAACAGCCUCGGGGGAUUCACAGCCUUGACAGUUGCGGUAGGAUUACCCGAGCAGGUCACGGGAGUUGCACUUCUAAACUCUGCAGGACAAUUUGCAGCAGAGAGUAGAAAACGUGAGGAAGUUGAUGAAACCGCUAUAACCAAGUUUAUAGUUAAGCCACUUAAAGAAAUUUUCCAACGCGUGGUUCUUGGGUUCUUGUUCUGGCAAGCCAAGCAGCCUUCUCGGAUUGAAUCUGUCUUAAAGAGUGUGUAUGUAGACUCUACUAAUGUCGAUGACUACCUCGUCGAAUCCAUUUCAAAACCUGCAACAGAUCCAAAUGCUGGAGAAGUAUACUACAGAUUGAUGACAAGGUUCUUAUCAAACCAGAGUAAAUACACCCUAGAUAGUGUUCUAAGUAAGAUGACUUGCCCGCUUCUGUUGCUUUGGGGAGAUCUAGACCCGUGGGUCGGUCCUACAAAAGCCGAGAAAAUCAAAGCAUAUUACUCGAACUCAUCGCUAGUGCACUUACAAGCAGGGCAUUGUCCCCAUGACGAAGUCCCGGAAGCUGUAAACAAGGCUAUGUUGGAUUGGUUGUCCAUUAAUGUAGCUUCAAAGACAUCUUCUCCUAAAGCCUUGGAUAUAUAAAGACUCCUUUUGUGAAAGAAGUAUGUAGUUGUAUUUUGCCCAAAGAAAAAGGAAGAAGUAUAUAGUUGUAAAUACAUUGUUACCGUUUUACAAUUGCUGCUUCUGGACUUGUAAUAUUUGAGAUUUAGAGCAGAGACUUGAUCAAGUUUUGCUGAUAAACGAAUAUGGAUGCAACUCUUGUGGGAAAGUAUCAUUGAGUUGCUUAUCUGAA